AAAUCUGUCUGUCCUUGCUGCGCUGUUUACCAUCUGCAGGCAGUCUUUCAAAAAGGAUCAAAUGUUUCGCUCGCUCAGUUACAUCACAUCGAAAAAGUCAGAUAUUUCGACUUUUGGACGAACUUCUUUUAUCCGAUGAUUGCGUGCCUUCUAUUUAAGUUUGGGGAGAGAGAGAGUACAGCAGUGGAAGGAUUAGCGUGUGUUUAGACACAGCCCUCAGAGGCAACGCCCUCUCCUUGUGUGUGGCUUAAACAUACACACAUACCUCAUCUCACGAGGGAGAGUGUGAAACGGCAUGGCAACUGCUGAGAAGGUCAUCCGGUGCAGAGCGGCGGUAGCAUGGGGGGCCGGCGAACCUCUGGUGAUGGAGGAGGUGGAGGUGGCACCCCCUAAAGCUGGGGAGGUUCGUCUCAAGAUUGUGGCCACAGGAAUCUGCCACACGGACUCCUACACGCUGAGUGGCUCCGACCCCGAGGGGGUGUUCCCCGUGGUCCUGGGCCACGAGGGAGCCGGCAUUGUGGAGAGCGUCGGAGAGGGAGUCACCAAGUUUCAACCAGGGGACACUGUCAUCCCCUUGUAUGUCCCUCAGUGUGAAGAGUGCAAGUUCUGUAGGAAUCCCAAAACCAACUUGUGUCAAAAGAUCAGGCUCACUCAGGGCAAAGGCUUGAUGCCAGACGGGACGUCUCGUUUCUCGUGCAAAGGCAAGAGCCUCUUCCACUUCAUGGGCUGCAGCACAUUCACAGAGUACACCGUGGUGGCCGAGAUCUCCCUGGCCAAAGUGAACCAAGGGGCCCCUCUGGACAAGGUGUGUCUGCUGGGCUGUGGCAUCACCACUGGUUACGGAGCAGCUCUGAACACAGCAAAGGUGGAGGCAGGGUCGACCUGUGCAGUGUUCGGCCUCGGGGCUCUCGGCCUUGCAGCCAUCAUGGGCUGCAAAGCAGCCGGGGCCGCCAGGAUCAUUGGAAUCGAUCUCAACCCAGACAAGUUUAAAACGGCUCGAGAGUUUGGGGCCACCGAUGUGCUGAACCCAAAGGACCACAGCAAGCCAGUCCAGGAGGUCCUGAUAGAGAUGACAGACGGAGGAGUGGACUACUCCUUUGAAUGUGUGGGCAAUGUAGCGAUCAUGAGAGCAGCCCUGGAGGCCUGUCAUAAAGGAUGGGGCACCAGCGUCAUCAUCGGGGUGGCAGCAGCCGGGCAAGAGAUCUCCACCCGGCCCUUCCAACUGGUGACUGGACGCACCUGGAAAGGCACGGCCUUUGGAGGAUACAAGAGCGUGGAGAGCGUUCCCAAACUGGUGGAGGAGUAUAUGAACAAGAAGCUAAAAGUGGAUGAAUUCGUGACCCACACUCUGCCCUUUGAGAAGAUCAGUGAUGGCUUUGAGCUCAUGCACGCUGGGAAAUGCAUCCGCGUCGUCCUUCAGCUGUAGACGCAGGGGAGCGUUGAGAGAGCGCGAGCUCCCUCCCUGUUUACGGACCACAGUUUAAUAAAUAAUCUUUCUUUUGUC